AUGAAAUAUUCGGUGUUGACUUUAUUGCUAAUUUGUGGCCAUAAAACAUGGGCUAAAUCUAAUCAGGAACGAAUCGUAGGUGGAGUGGAACUGCCCAUUGAUCUGAUACCCUGGCUGGCUUCCAUUAGUGUGCAUGGAAAUUAUAGUUGCAGCUCGGCAUUGAUAGCAUCCCAGUGGUUGGUCACAGCUGGGCAUUGUGUCUAUUAUCCGGAUAGCUACUCAGUUCGCGCAGGAUCUGCAUCCGCUAAUGAGGGUGGUCAGAGAAGGGAUGUUGUGAGGAUUAUCCUUCAUCCUGAUUUUAAUCUGCGAACUCUGGAGCACGACAUCGCAUUGCUGAAGACAAGCAAGUCCUUCAGUAUUGGAGGAAGUGUUCAGUUGGUAAAGCUACCGCUGCCAGGACUUAAUAUCCUUCCCCAAACACUUUUUGUUGCCGGUUGGGGCAGUCCAGAUGUCAACGACAGUGAUGCGGAACCCAAGCUACGCGGCACAUUGGUGAAGGUUAUAGAUCAGAGGCGUUGUCGUCGACUUUAUUCGUAUUUGGAUCGACCCAUUACGGAUGACAUGGUUUGUGCGGCCGACGCUGGACGGGAUCAUUGCUUCGGAGAUUCAGGAGCUCCUUUGGUUCACCGAGGCUGUAGCUAUGGGAUAGUAUCCUUCGCUCAUGGAUGUGCCGAUCCACAUUUUCCGGGAGUCUACACCAGAUUGGCCAACUAUGUGACCUGGAUAUUCCAUAUCCUGGAAACUGAUACCAAAAUGAAUUUUGUUCAAUAA